UCAUGCAGCUGGACAGCAGUCCUCUCCGAGCUGCUGACAUCACCCCUGACCUCAAGAAGCAGUUUGCCUUCCUUUCAGGGGGGAGAGGAGACAAUGGCAGCCCUAUCAUUGUGUUCCCAGAGUUCCCUGCAUUUGGAGAGAUCACCGACAGAGAGUUUCACAACGUGCUGACCUAUUUGACUAGUGUUCCCAGCUUGUCGUCGACAGGCGUGGGUUUCAUCCUGGUCAUUGAUCGCCGGCAAGACAAAUGGGCGGCUGUUAAGGGGACCCUGCUCCGUAUUGCAGGCUCCUUCCCAGGGAACCUCCAGCUGGUCCUGGUUCUGAGGCCCACCACCCUCCUGCAGCGCACACUGUCCGACAUCCUCUUCAAGUUCAACAAGGAUGAGUUCAAGAUGAAGGUGCCGGUGAUCAUGCUGAGCUCUAUAACUGAGCUGCACUCCUACAUCGACCGCACCCAGCUGACCCAGGAACUCGGGGGAACUCAGGAGUACUGUCAUGAGAAGUGGAUCUCUCACCGCACUGCUAUUGAAGGCUUUGCGCUGAUGGUAAAGAAAACGGCACAGAUCCUGCAGUCAUUUGGGACUGAGCUGGCUGAAACUGAACUCCCAAAUGAAAUCCAGGCCACAACCAUCCUGCUCAGCACACACACCAACAAGAAAGAAAAAAUGAAGGAGGAUCUGAUGGUGGCUCUGGGUCAGGGUAGCAGGCUGUUGGAGAGCAUCAAUGAGCCUGUAGUACGAGACCCUGACCACAACAUGAACCAGGAUGAACUAGAGAACCUUGCUACAGUGCAAAGACUGCUGUCUCAGCUGGAUGAGACAGAAAGGGCUUUCGAUGAGUUCUGGGUGAGGCAUCACACCAAAUUGGAGCAGUGUCUCCAACUGCGCCACUUUGAGCACAACUACAGAGAGGUGAGGGCUCUGCUGGAUCAGGUGUCUGAGAAACUUGCAACCUUCUCUGAGGUUGGGAUCAGCCCAGCCCACGCUGAACAUAUCUUCUGUGAACUCACCACCUAUGAGGAGAGAGUCUGUGAGGUGUUGGAUAGAGCCUCGGCCUUGUCUCGUGAGGGUGAUGAACUUAUCCAGAACUCGCACUAUGCUGAAGACUCCAUUCAGCCCAAAUGCAGCGAGCUCAGAGCGGUCAGCGAGAGCGUGAGCAGCAGCCUGAGGGCCAAGAAGGACCAUCUCCUCAAAGCCAUGGAGCUACAUCAAUGUUUGGAGAGGGCUUCUAAAUGGGUUGAUGACGGUAUAUACCUGCUGGCAUCUCAGCCAGUAGACAAGUGUCAGUCACACGAGGGGGCUGAGUUAGCCCUGCAGGAGCUGGAGCGUUAUCUGGAUAACGCAGGCCAGAACCAGCUGACAGACCUCAGCACCAUCGGGAAAGAAUAUGAGGCUGUGCUCAACCAGCAGUUCAAGGACCAAGUGGAGAAGAUUUUCCAGAAGCAGGUAUCUAUGCAGGAGAUGUUUGACAAGAGGAGGGUCAGCCUGAAGAAGCUAGCAGCCAAACAAACCAGGCCGGUGCAGCCGGUAGCCCCCAGACCAGAGGCCUUCAUCAAAUCCCCUCUCAGCUCACCUGCACACAGAGCUCAGCAGGAGAAACACUGCUCAGAGUCGGACUCUGGGACCAACUGUGAGAAAGGAAAAGGCCAACUGCAGAAUGGAGACAAUAACAGCAGACAUGCUUCUCUGUCAGAGGAGGAGGAGAACCUGGCAGUGCUCAGGAGGCACGUGAUGAACGAGCUGCUGGAAACUGAGAGAGCCUAUGUAGAGGAGCUGCUCUGUGUAUUGCAGGGUUAUGCCUCUGAGAUGGAUAAUCCAGCAGUGUCUCACCUCAUCCCUGCUCCUCUGCAGAACAAAAAGGAGAUUCUGUUUGGCAACAUGCCUGAAAUUUACCACUUCCACAAGAGGACGUUUCUGAGAGAGCUGGAGCUGUACACCGACUGCCCAGAGUUGGUUGGAAGGUGUUUUCUACAGAGGAUGACAGACCUGCAGAUCUAUGAGAAGUACUGUCACAAUAAGCCUCGCUCUGAAAGCCUCUGGAGGCAGUGCUCAGACUGCGCCUUCUUCCAGGAGUGUCAGAAAAAGCUGGAGCAUAAACUGGGUUUAGAUUCUUAUCUGCUGAAGCCUGUUCAGAGGAUCACCAAAUAUCAGCUGCUACUGAAGGAAAUGCUGAAGUACAGUAAGGGCCGUGAGGGGGCUGCUGACCUGCAGGAGGCGCUGACCUCCAUCUUGGGCAUCCUCAAGGCCGUCAAUGACUCCAUGCACCUCAUCGCCAUUACAGGAUAUGAGGGUAAUCUGAGUGAGCUGGGAAAGCUGCUGAUGCAAGGGUCAUUCAGCGUGUGGACGGAGCACAAGAAAGGCCAUGCCAAGGUUAAGGAUCUGGCCCGUUUCAAGCCCAUGCAGAGACACCUCUUCCUCCAUGAGAAAGCCCUGCUCUUUUGCAAGAGGCGGGAGGAGAAUGGGGAAGGCUACGAGAAAGCUCCCUCAUACAGCUUCAAACAGUCACUGAGUAUGAGUGCAGUGGGCAUUACUGAGAAUGCAAAGGGAGACAACAAGAAGUUUGAAAUCUGGUGCAACUCAAGAGAAGAGGUUUAUAUUGUUCAGGCACCAACAACUGAAGUAAAAACCACUUGGGUAAAUGAGAUCAGGAAGGUUCUGACAACUCAGCUGGAAGCAUGCAGAGCCAGCCAGCAGAGGGCACCAGACCAGGUUUUCCAGUUCCCCCCUGUGCCCAGUGCAACAGUAAGUCUCAGUCCAUUCAAGACCGGUCAGAAGAGCUUUAAAAAGGGAGAGGAGAAGAAAGCUGAACCCUGCAGCCCUGAUGUCAACUCCUCUUCUUCACCAAAGCCCACAGGAAAAGAUGAGGCUGUGACAAGCCCUACCUCAGACAGAGCUGCUGUGGCUAAAAAACGCUUUACUUUACAAGGCUUCAGUAACCUCAAAGCUCAGAAAGGAUCCCCCACGAGCCCUGAUCACAAGACGAAACGCCAGAGCGACCCAACGCCUUUCGGCUUCAAAGGCUGGAACAAGGCUUCCCUGUCACUGGAUGCCUCAGAGGAGCAUGAUGGCUAUUCCAGCGCAGAGGAGCCUCUUAAUUCUGACCCAGAGGAUGAAAACGGCAAGAAGCUGUGUGCUGGAAAAUAUACAGUUAUCGCUGACUACGAGAAGAGCAACUCUCAAGAGCUCUCAGUGAAGAAUGGAGACAUGGUGCAGCUGGUCAAAGAGGGAGAUGAUGGACAAUGGUUUGUACGUAACCUUAGCACCUCUAAGGAGGGUUGGAUUGCUGCUGCUAAUCUUAUCACACUCAUUGGAAAGUCCAAGUCUUGCCAGUCACUCACCAGCUCAGAAGGAAGUGGCUCUGGAAACCUUAGCACAUCGUCUAGCUGCAGCGAGACCUACACAAGCUUCUCUGACAUCAAACCCUGAAUAACUGCUCAGCACUUCCUCCAUCACCAAACGGCCCUCUUCAAUGCUAGCAUCAUGUGGCUAUCUGUGCUGUAAUGCCAACACCAGUGCUCAUAAGUAUUUUGUCAGGUUUCCACAGAAAGCUGUAUUUUUUCAUUAUUUUUAUCACGCACUUGCACCACAUAUUGAGACAAUGGCACGUUAUAGAUUUGACUGUGGUGCCAUUGCACAGUGAAGAUACAGCAUAGAUGCAUAUGUUACACACAGUAAUUUCAUAGUAUAGUAAAAUGAUCUUCCUCUAGUCACACACUUGUCUGUUUAUUUUUUAUGCAGGAUCUGUGUGAUUCUAAUGUAAUAGAUGUAUGAAUGGGCCAGCAGGACUGAUCUCAGUUAAUGCAUCUAUUUGUGUUCGCAUUAAAAAUGGAGAAAGAUUAGUGAUCAAAUGUGGAUGACAGUUGUUUUUGUGUUCAUCUGCACUAAUUCACCCAAGAGUUUACAUUUCCGCUAUUACUGUAAAUAAGGAAAGAGGGCAAGAGAUAAAUGCAUACAGCUUGUUUAGCUUGAAUGAAUGUUUUCUGAGGGUCUAAUCACCUCUGUCCUCUGCUUUUUUUCCCUUUACAUGUUUAUUUAUUUGUAAGAAAUGAAAACGCCCACAUAUUGUAUGUUUAGCCAAUUAUAAAUUGGCAUCUCAUCUUUUCUUACUUUCUUUUUAUUCUCUUCCUGUCUGCCAUUUUUCUCUCUGUCAGCCUGUCAUUAGGAACCUGUUAUGUCACCAGCUGUCCGGACUUGACUGUGUAUGAGCUUUUGUCUUUUCAAGUCUCUGAUGGCUUCAUUGUCUAACUCUGUGGGUUUUCAUGUACGCUGCAGUUUAAAAAUGUUUCUCAGUGUGAAUAAUCAGAGAUCACUGUAUAUCGCUAACUUAUUCCCUGUGAAGGGAUCAUGUUAUGAAUGUAGAUAUUGUUCAUUAAUAUCUGUCUGUCAUGAAAUGUUUAUUGGAGAUGCUAUAUUGUACAUUAAGUACGGUGAUGUCACUACUUUGUGACUUGUCUAAUUUUUUUUUUUUUA